AUGUGGCACCUUCUCGCUCUCGGUACGCUUGCAACCACGGCCCUCGCUCAAAGCGGCGCCUGGGGACAAUGCGGUGGACAGAACUGGAGCGGAUCCACGACGUGCGUUGCCGGUUUUACAUGCACUUACUCAAACCCCUACUACAGCCAGUGUCUGCCUUCGUCAAACUCGCCUUCUACCACGCUGUCGACUGUGACCCAAUCCGCCUCCUCCACAACAACCUCCAAGCCACCAGCUUCCACCAAUAAUGGUGUCUGGUGGUUCGGAACCAACGAGGCUGGCGCAGAAUUCGGAGAAGCGACUUUGCCUGGAGUAUGGGGUACCCAUUUCAUCUUCCCGAGCCUUUCCACAAUUGAUACUCUACGGACUCAAGGCUACAAUACCUUCCGUGUCCAGUUCAGGAUGGAGAGACUUACCCCUAACACUAUGACCGGCGAUUACAACACUGCUUACCUCAAGAACCUCACUGACGUGGUCAACCACAUCACCGGUAGCGGCGGCUGGGCCGUACUUGACCCACACAACUAUGGCCGCUUCUUUGGCAACAUCAUCACCGACACGGCUGCUUUCCAGACGUGGUGGAAGAACGUUGCAAACCAGUUCAAGAGCAACGACCACGUUAUCUUCGACACCAACAAUGAGUAUUACGGGUUGGACCAGACGCUCGUGCUCAACCUCAACCAGGCGGCCAUCAAUGGUAUCCGCGCCGCGGGUGCGAAGCAGUAUAUCUUUGUCGAGGGAAAUCAAUGGUCCGGCGCAUGGUCCUGGCCCACCGUCAACGACAACAUGAAAGCGCUCACGGAUCCCGAGAACAAGAUAGUGUAUGAGAUGCAUCAGUAUCUCGACUCUGACAGCUCUGGUACUUCUGCGACCUGUGUUUCGACAACAAUUGGCGUUGAGCGGGUUACUGCGGCCACAAAGUGGCUGAGAGAUAAUGGCAAGGUCGGCAUUCUCGGCGAGUUUGCGGGUGGAGCAAACUCUCAGUGCCAGACUGCCGUGAAGGGUCUCCUCGACUACCUUAAGGCAAACGAUGACGUGUGGAUGGGUGCUCUGUGGUGGGCGGCCGGACCUUGGUGGCAGGACUACAUCUUCAGCUUGGAGCCUCCCACUGGGACUGGUUACCAGUACUACAAUUCUCUUCUGAAGACGUAUGUUUGAGCAUGGGGAAGUUAUUUAGGCAAGAUGGGAGAGUGAGGAUGUGUC